AUGGUUAUGGACAAAAAAAUACACGCCUCAGUUAAGAAGGCUUUUGUGUCUCGAUUCGUGAAUUUGCUGGAGGAAGGAAUAUCUUACCAAAUAAGAUAUUUUGGUGUUGGACUCAAUAAGGGUUACUUCAAGACUACACAUCAUGAAUACGUUGUUAAUUUAAACCAACGUACUGAUGUGCACAGACUUCCAGAAUCGUCGAGUAUCCCACGAUAUGAAUUUAAGUUUGUGAGUUUUGACACUCUCAAUGCUCCUGGGUAUGAUUGCACCUAUUUAGUUGAUGUUGUUGGAUAUCUUGCUGGAAUUGGGAAUGAGAAGACUCUUGAAAAGAAUGGCAAAUCUACCAAAUAUACUGUUAUCGAAUUAGAGAUUGAUGAUGGAAAAAUAAUGGAGUGUGCACUUUUUGGCAACUAUGCACAUGAAUUAAAUGCUUUUCUGGGAUCUGGCAAUAAGGAUGGAGCUGUUGUCGUCUUACAGUUUGUUAGAGUGAAGUUAUUUAACGAAAAGAUUGUUUUACAAAAUUCCAUGUAUGGCACAAAGAUGUUCUUCAAUCUUGAAGAUACAACUGUCAUCCAAUUUAAAAAUAGCUUUGUAAGAUUUGAAGAAUCUAGAGGUAACAUCGGCGGAAUUCCAAAUGAGGCUGCAUUCUUAAAAAUUUAUCAAGGCAAAACCAUCGAGCAGUUAAAAGAAUUCGAAACGACUGGUGGUACGGCCAAUGUGAAUGCAACAGUCUUUGACAAGGAGGCAAAACAAAUUUUGGGAAAGAGCUGUGUAGAGAUACUUGAUCCACUUCUAUUGAAAGGAGAUCUAUCGGAUACACCUACACUUUUGCUCAACCUAAUUGAUAAGACCUUUCUCUUCAUCGUUGAAGUUCAAAUAUCUGAUAAUCCACAUUUUUCACCUUCUUAUAAAGUUAAGAAGAUGACUGAUAAUGUGGACCUCAUAAAUAAAUUCAAAGAGGCUCACCCUAUUCAAAUUGAUGUUGACUACACCGGUGGUUUGCUUCCAAUUUCAAAAACAUCCUCAAUCAUUGAAGGGGAGAAAGUAAAAGGUGCUAAGAUUUGA